UCCGAGGAGCCUAUAUAAGGGCUGCAGACCAUUCUAAUUUCUCACUUUGCAUUUUGACUUGGGCUUCAUGCAAAUCGAACCUGUGGAAAACAAACUCUUUGAGUUUUAAACCGCUGGAGAUAACAUACUGCAAACUGAUCAUUUGGAAAACAAAAGAACAACAAAGAACAACACAACUUCUGAAUCACUAACUAUUGUGGUGAAAGGAAGAGCUUGGAAAUGGCCUUUCGUCUGCCUGGUGGUAUACCCGAGGAGCACCUCCCGGAUUUUCCGAGGGGACGCAUCCAUGGGUUGCACAUGCAAGCAGGCCAUGUAGACAACUUCCCACGUCCUGCAGAACCUGGCCUCCCUGAAGAGGAAGGUGAGUAUAACAAUGGUCACCGUUUUCCCCCUCUCAGAGAAGAUGAACAGCAAUUUGAGGAGUGGGAGGAUGAAGACUCAGAGGAUGAAGACGACUGGCCUAACCGGUCUGUAGAUCCUGGGUAUGGCUCCAUGUCUGAAGAGGACGAGAAUGCAGAGGAAGAGGAGCAAGUGGAUGUUGAAAAUUGUAGUGAUAAUUAUGGUGAUGGUUAUAGUGAUGGUGACAUUGAUAGAGAUGGUGACGUUGAUAGUGAUGGUGGUAGUAGUAGUGGUAGUGGUAGUGGUGGUUAUAGUGAUGGUUUUAGUGAUGGUUUUAGAGAUGGUUAUGUUGAUGGUUAUUGUGAUGAUUUUAGUGCUGGUAAUCCUUGUAGUGCUGGUUAUAGUGCUGGUUAUAUUGCUGGUUAUAGUGAUGGUUAUAGUGAUGGUUAUAGUGAUGGUUGUCGUGAUGGUUGUAGUGAUGGUGACGUUGAUAGAGAUGGUGGUAGUAGUAGUGGUAGUGGUAGUGGUGGUUAUAGUGAUGGUCAUAGUGAUGGUUUUAGAGAUGGUUAUGUUGAUGGUUAUUGUGAUGAUUUUAGUGCUGGUAAUGCUUGUAGUGCUGGUUAUAGUGCUGGUUAUAGUGCUGGUUAUAGUGAUGGUUAUAGUGAUGGUUAUAGUGAUGGUUGUCGUGAUAGUUCUAGUUUUCAUGAUGAUGUCAACAUCCUACCUUACUCCCCUCUCAUCGAGCACUUCCCACCUCCAAGUUUUUGGCAGCAAUUUAAACCACCGCGUCCUUCCUUUCCCACUGGUGAGCCAUUCUGCCACCUUCCAUUUGGUGGUCCACUGCAAGGGCUUCCUGCGCUGCAAGUGAGAGAACCUGAAUAUGGUUGUCCCUCAGCCUCUCAAAGGUCACACCUUUGCCUCUGGGAGUCUGCACACUCCUCUUCAGGCCUCGGCCCCUCCACAAAGAGAAGCAGGGAAGAGAGUGACACCUUGCAGGUAAGUAUGAAGAGGCUGAAGGGGAAUUGUGAGGACAGCCUCAAUGAGUUACCACCCUCCUCUUCAGGCCACGGCCCCUCCACAUAUAGAAGAAGGGAAGACAGCUCCAGCGAGUCUGCACACUCCUCUUCAGGCCUCGGCCCCUCCACAUUCAGGAGAUACUGGAUGUUUCCUCUUGAUAACAUGCGAGGAACUGAAGAUAGCGACUCUGAUUAGGACAGAGUUUGGGACUGUUUGCUGCAGGAUUGGAAAACCUUUGCGUCUACCGGGGUAGAUAACUCCUUUGGUAGAGUAUUGCACCAGGGCCUAUUUGUACAUAUCUGGAAGCAGGAUUGUCUCUUUGUAAUCUUGAAGGCUGGCAAAGAUUUACGUAUUCUUCCCAUGUUUUUUGGCGGGGUUGGCUAUGACUCAGGUAGCAUCUAGCAUUAGGGUUAUUUUCUCUUUUGAUUAAUAGUUAGCUUAAAUGGUAAUGUACAGUAUGUGCUACCUAUAUUAAUUGCAUUUAUGUAGCACUUUCAUUCACACACUAGAUCAAGAUUAACUUUAUUGUCCCGCCAUGUUGGAAAUUUGUCUUGGGCAAUUAACCCAUGAGGCAGUCAUGUUAAAAAUAAAAACAGACAUGUAUAACAAACAAUAGAUCAUUUACAAUACCAUACAACAAACCAUAAUAUGGCCCUGAUGGUGUAUAAACACAACAUGGUGUCAAGCAGUGCUUUAGUUAAACAUUACUCCAACAAUAAAAUAAUAACAAAACAAAUAAGUAUCAGUGUAGAGAUCACAAGCACAACGAUAACAAAUCCGCAAAUCCCCAUCGCCAGAAAGCUACCACGCAAGGCACUCGCCUUACCAUUGGGAGCAAUGUGGGGUUCAGUGUUUUGCCCAAGGUAUCACUUUUUAAACUAAGCUACAGAUGCCUAUACCAGAGGUAAGUCAACAAUUAUUUGAAUAUGUUCAACAGAAAUGCAAGGAAAAUAGGGGACUUUGCUUAAAUAAAUGCAGCCUCUGUUAAUGCUUUUUAAACCGCAGUUGAAGCUGUGUAAACUGGCUUUUGGCUCAUGUUUUUAAUGUUGUUUGUAAAUCUUUUUAUUUCCAUUGGUAUUUAAUUUCUUUUCUUCUUGUUAAUUUGUCUGUUAUUGGAUCAAAUGUUUUAACAAUAUUUCUCAUGUGAAGCACUUCGAGACUUUCUUUAAAACGGGCUAUAUCAAAUAAACCUGUUAUUAUUUGAUUGCAUUUAUGUAACGCUAAUGGCAGCAAGCUACCGUGCAAGGCACGAGCCUGACUAUUGGGAGCAAUGUAGGGUUAAGCAUUGUUGUUCUUUGGCUUUGUAACAUAGCUGUGGAUGCCUAUACCAGAGGUAAGUUAACAAUCAUUUACAGUAAUCUCACUUAUUGAAUAGUUAAGGCAUAAUAAAUCUUACUCAUUGUUAUACUGUCAUAUAUUUUUCUAGGUGUUUACUCUGGACCAGGUGAGAAGGACGGACGACCACAGGACUGGGAUGACUACAAGUCCAGCAAAAGAGCAGUGGUUGCCUUUCUUUCACUUGGCCAAGGCAGGAUUCCUCUGGGAUUUUGGCACUCGUCAGGCAGCUGAGAAUGGAUGUCAACCAACCUAUCAUCUCAGGCAGACCCAGCACCACAGCAGACCACUGGACCACGGACGUCAACCAACCUAUCAUCUCAGGCAGACCCAGCACCACAGCAGACCACUGGACCACGGACGUCAACCAACCUAUCAUCUCAGGCAGACCCAGCACCACAGCAGACCACUGGACCACGGACGUCAACCAACCUAUCAUCUCAGGCAGACCCAGCACCACAGCAGACCACUGGACCACGGAUGUCAACCAACCUAUCAUCUCAGGCAGACCCAGCACCACAGCAGACCACUGGACCACGGACGUCAACCAACCUAUCAUCUCAGGCAGACCCAGCUCCACAGCAGACCACUGGACCACUCUCAGCACCCUACUUGCUUCCAGGCACCAAUUACGAGCUGAAGACCCAUUGAAGACUACUACGAGCUCCUGCCUGACCAGCACAGAGGAAGUUGUCACCAUCUGCUUCUUCUUCUUCUGUGCUGGUGGAUUUGGGAAGCACCUCACACACACAGGAAGCAGUCACCACAGACAUAGAGACUGAAUUCAAAUAUUAUAAAGUGUUAAGUUUGUGAAUUUAAACACAGUAUGUUAGUAUAUACUGUUUAUCUACUUACUAAUG